GACAUGCUUCUGUACCUGUUGCUGUGUCUGCACUCGUCCGGCGUCACCGCCCGAGUAAAUAACACCUGUGACGUAUUACUCAAAGAAUGCACCGACACGUUACACUGCGGCAUGGUACUUCACAGUUACCGCAUCAGUUGUCAGAAGGAAAGGUACGGGUUAGUCGGCAACUGCUCGGAAAUAUGCCGAAGAUCGAUUAUCGACCUGACCACCACCCACGAAGGAUACGACUAUUUGCAUUGUCACUGCGGCGACGACGAAUAUUGUCAAACUAUACGCAAGAGGAUGUCCUCGUGCUGGGAUCCUCGCGCCGUUCGCGUCAAAGACCCGGGACCUCCCGUCGAUUGCCGAGUGGCCGAAAACACUUGCCAAGCCGACCCUAUAUGUUUGGAGGCGUAUCGAUACUACAGGAGUCUGUGCGUGGAAAUGUUCCAAGGAAUAGAAUGCAGCAGACGUUGUAACAAUACAAUUUCCAUACUAAUCAGGCAGAAGUUGGCUUCGAAAUGGGAAGACUGCGCGUGUAACGAUCGCAAGUGUAAACAGGAGAGAUCCAACAGGUUACGUCUUUGUUUGGGUGUAAACGGUAACGUCCUUUCUUGUUACGAGAGUUUUAAAGGUAUAUUUUUAAUAUUCGAAGGAAUUGUAAUUUUCCUACGUUAUUUCUGGUUCUAGUUUGUUUAUUUAAUUUUUGAAAAAAGAAAAUUCGUUUUGGAGUUACUAAAACUUCAAAUAUUGGUGGAUUUAAUAAAGUCAAUUGAGGAAA